UUAUUACUUGUCAUUUCAAACAAAAAAUCUAGGUAUUGUUUUGGAUUUUGGGACGUGUGAAAUGGAUUUAAGAUUUUGAAGAAAUCAAUUAAAAAUGGGUAACGCUGACACAAAAUUAAACUUUAGAAAGGCUGUGGUCCAACUUACAUCGAAAACACAGCCUAUUGAUUCAUCAGAUGAUAGUUUUUGGGAUCAGUUUUGGUCAGAAAGCGUGACAAAUGUGCAAGAUGUGUUCGCACUGGUGCCUGGUGCUGAGAUUCGAGCGCUUCGUGAGGAGUCACCAAAUAAUUUGGCGACCCUGGUGUACAAAGCUGUCGAGAAAAUGGUGAAGACUGUAGACAGCAGCUGUCGGACGCAGCGCGAACAACAAACUGCUCUAAACUGUGCCCGGCUGCUGACACGGGUGCUACCAUACAUGCUGGAGGAGCCUGAAUGGCACGGCUUUUUCUGGUCUUCAUUGCCGGCGGCAGCUGAGAAUGAGUCGGUUCCACUGGCACAGUCACUUGUCAAUGCUAUAUGUGACUUGCUGUUUUGCCCAGACUUCACAGUGACAAGCACUAAGAGAGCAGGGCCGGAGCGGGCCGAGGAGCUGUCAUCGCUUGACAGCUGCGAGUACAUCUGGGCAGGUGGCGUGGGUUUCGCCAGGUCGCCGCCGCGGAACGCGCAACACGAAGCUGCCAGGACGGAACUGCUGCGGCUGCUGCUCACAUGCUUCAGCGAAACUAUAUACUUGCCCCAGCACACAGCGAACAGCAGCUACCAUAAUAAGUGGAUCGCGUACCUCACGAGUCCAGAAAAUCGCCACGCAUUGCCUCUCUUCACUUCCCUACUGAACACAGUGUGCUCUUACGACCCCGUGGGACUUGGCCUGCCCUACAACCACCUUCUGUUCGCCGACACAUUGGAACCACUAGUAGAGGUGUCGUUGCAAAUACUCAUAGUGACAUUGGACCAUGAUACUAGCAACACUGUUAACAAUGAAACGGAAGAGAGCCUCCCCGAUAACCUUUUCAUCAACUACCUAUCACGUAUACAUCGCGAUGAGGACUUCCAGUUCGCCCUGCGGGGCGUCACCCGCCUGCUGAACAACCCCCUCCAGCAGACCUAUCUCCCCAACUCGGCCAAGAAGGUCAGCCUCCACCAGGAGUUGCUGGUGCUGCUGUGGAAGAUGUGUGACUACAAUAAGAAAUUCAUGUAUUACGUGCUGAAGAGCAGCGAUGUUUUGGAAGUGCUGGUACCUAUUCUGUAUCAUCUCAACGACUCCAGAGCUGACCAGUCUCGCGUAGGCCUAAUGCACAUUGGCGUGUUCAUACUCCUCCUUCUGUCCGGCGAGCGCAACUUCGGCGUUCGUCUGAACAAGCCCUACGCGGCCAGCGUGCCAAUGGACAUACCGGUAUUUACCGGUACCCACGCCGAUCUACUUGUGGUGGUGUUCCACAAGAUCAUAACGACUGGACAUCAGAGAUUGCAGCCGUUGUUCGAUUGUUUACUCACUAUUUUGGUUAACGUGUCACCAUACCUGAAGACAUUAUCGAUGGUGGCGUCCACCAAACUCCUGCAUCUCCUGGAGGCGUUCAGCACGCCCUGGUUCCUGUUCUCGCAGCCCCAUCACCACCACCUGGUGUUCUUCCUGUUGGAGAUGUUCAACAACAUGAUACAGUAUCAGUUCGAUGGGAACUCGAACCUGGUGUACACGAUAAUCCGCAAGCGGGCGGUGUUCCACGCGCUCGCCAACCUGCCGCACGAGCACGCCGCCAUCGCGCGCGACCUCGCCGCCGCGCGCGCCCGCGCCGCGCCGCACGCGCCGCCGCCCGCCCACCACGCCAUGAUCAGAUGUGAGAGCGCGGAGUGCGUGUCGGAGCCCCCCAUGGAGGGCUCGCGGCCCGCGCUGCCCGCGGAGCCCGGCACGCUCAACGCCACGCUCCCCGCCACGCCCGCUAUAGCGACAAUGACGGAGAAAGAGUCUGCGCACCCCCCGCAACCGAUAGAAGAGAGAUUGCUGCCGCGACAAAACGCCGACGGCACCGACGACAGCGACAACGGACACACCGUCACACACCGUAACAGCAUAUCAGUGUCGGAACAAUCCCGCCAGAAUGAGUGGCGGCCGACCGCCGAGUGGGUGACCUCGUGGCGCGCCAAACUUCCGCUGCAGACUAUAAUGAGGCUUCUGCAAGUCCUCGUGCCUCAGGUGGAGAAGAUCUGCAUUGAUAAGGGACUGACGGACGAGUGCGAGAUCCUGCGGUUCCUGCAGCACGGCACGCUGGUGGGGCUGCUGCCGGUCCCCCACCCCAUCCUCAUCCGCAAGUACCAGGCCAACGCCGGCACCGCCGCCUGGUUCAGGACUUACAUGUGGGGCGUUAUUUAUAUACGAAAUGUCGACCCACCGAUCUGGUAUGACACGGACGUGAAACUUUUCGAGAUACAACGGGUGUGAACAGACACACACACAGCUACAUUAAUUUAAAAAAAAAAUGUUUUACCAUAUUUAACCAUUAUAAGUUGAACUAUAUUUAUUUGUAAUCUAUACUAAUAUUAUAAAGCUAAAGAGUUUGUUCGUUUGUUUGUUUGAAUGCGCUAAUCUCAGGAACUAGUGGUUCGAAUUGAAAAAUUAUUUUUGUGUUGAAUAGA